CUAAAUAUAAAUGUCACCAUUGCAAUAAAUCUCUUGAUGGCUUGUCCAUAUACGGUGUGGAGAAUUCUGAAACAGUCAGCAUGCAAUCUUCAGCAUCCAAACCAAAAAAGUCGAUCGAUAUCAAGAUGCCACCAGUGAAAAAGAUGAAUGAAGAUCCGGAGGCAUUGCCACAUGCACAUACCACUUCUGGUCCUUGUUAUUUCUGUAGUGAGCAUAAAGAAGAUUAUGAAAAGUUAGAGAGGUACCAGCCAACUUGGAGGGCAAAGAGAUUGCAAGCUGUUAUUGAGGAAACAGAGAAGAAAAACUUGGAAAUAAAAGCAGACUUAAAAAAAUUAGAGGGAACAAAGAAAGAAAAAGAUGCCAAAGUUCUUAUGGAUACCAUCUACAACCAGCUGGAUGAUCAUUUAAAGAUGCACCAACAGACUGAAAAGGAGAUAGAUGACUUAAAAGAUGAAUUGAGGAAAAAACUAGGAAAACCUACACCAAAGAAAACUGGUGAGGACGACAAAUCUAUACAAAGUAGAAGGCCUAUGGCAUCACCAGAGGAACAAGUAUUAACAUAUGAACUAAAAUCACAGUUACUUAGGAAUGUUGAAAUGCAAAAUCAUCGACUGAAAACAGAGCUGACACUCCAUGAGAAAAUGACAGAAGCCAAACUGUUAAACCAGCAAAACAAACGACUAACAGACGACAACACAAUGUCCAAAACAAACACACUCAGACUUAUGAAAAUGUUUGAAAAAAAAGCUAAAGAUGCUGAUGCAAAAUUAAAGGAAAUGCAACUAGAAUUGAAUAAAGCACAACAACUUGCCAGGAAAUACCAUCAGAUGUAUGACAUGGAACGACGUAGGAAUGGGCUACCUGAGGGUACAUACAGCACACCAGAACCUGAAUCAGGUACACCAAGACAGAACAACAAUUCAUCAAGCUUCCUUGGACAGAAUGUCAGAGUUAAUGAUGUUAUUAGAAAAAAUGAGGUGCUUGUGGAGGAAAAUGAGAAAUUGCACAGGGAAAUAGCAAGGCUCAAACAGGACAAUGCAGGACUGAUAAAGAAAUGUAAACAUGCCAUGUCUGAUAAAGAAAGUGUUGUACAUCGCCUAGAUACAAGUGAAGCUAAUAGGAGAGACCUAACAAAGAGAUUAGACAGAGAAAAAACACAGCACAAUAACUUAUCUAGAAGUUUGACUAGACAAGCCUCAGACUGGAUUCUUCUGAAGAAACAGUUAGCUCAAUUUGAUGAAGAAUACAGAUGGAGCCAGAUGAAACAACAGUGUGAAGAAGAAAAACAAAGAUUUGGAUUACUUCCACCGAUAUAUUACUAUAUGCCUACGGGAAAUACUGAUUUCACAUAUAAUGAUGAUAGUGAGGAAUACUCUCUGCCACCAGAGGGCACCACAGAACCAUGUCUUACCCCAAUAACAGAGGUUGACUCAUGCUUCAGCAAUGACCUUGAAUAGUGGUGGUUGGUCCAGUAAAUCCUCACGGCGCUGACCAAAGAACUUACUCUCAUCCUGUACCUAGAAAUGUUUACCAACCAAGAAGAAUGUUUUCUCCAGAAAACUAUGCCAACCAAAGCUCGACAGCAUAAAAAUUAAUGUGUUCAAAUAAUUGUGUGAUGUGAAAAUCUGUUUAGUUUUUUUAAAGCAUUAAACAAUAGUAUUAUAAAAAAGUAAUCAUGUAUUUCAAAUUUUGAACAUUAUACUUAAACAAAUAAGUAAUUGUAAAACAAAUCAUGCUGUAACUAUGUUUGACCCUACUAUUUUUAAUGGGAGAUAACGGCGUUUUGCAUUUGCACCUAUCUGCAUUUCAUUUGCGCCAAUUUUUUCUUUCACUUGCGCCAAUUUUUUCUUUCAUUUGCGCCGAUUGUGUACAGGUAAAUUACAGGUGAGUUUUAUUUUCUAUUUAUUUUUAUAAACCUCUUUCGUUAACCAUUUGUACAUAUGUUAUGAAUUGUCAAUUAUAACAUGUAUAUAACUGUUGUCCCCUGCACACCGUGAUGAGGUGGAAUUAGGAUUUCGAGCAGGAUAAGUCAAUUCAAAAGACAAAAGCACUGUGUGGCUAACGGAAGAGGUUUUUAAUGAUAAUGAUAAUGAAAAAUAACAUUCACCUGUACACAAUCGGCGCAAAUGAAAGAUCGAAAAUUUAAAAAAUCGGCGCAAAUGUCAUGCGCACGGAGAUAACUUAAAAUUUUUAUUUAUUGCAGGAAAUUUUGUUACUUACAAUUAAGUGCUAGCAUUUUUACUGUUAGUCUAUUAGAUUAUGAAAAUUAAUUUUAAAUAUUGUUAUUGUAAAGUGUGAGCAGUUUCAGAACUUAAAUUAGCUAUAUUUUGGAUAUCUUUGUUAAAAAAAAAUCAUCAUUCUUUUUUGAAUGUUGACUACCUAUAAUGAGGAGUAAGAGGAGUAAAGAUUGUGAUAAAUAGUUUUUGUAAAGGUUUAAAAUCUGUCCAUGUUUAUGUGUUUUUUUUUUUAUGUAUACAUGUAUUCUUGCUAAUUUAUAAUUAUUACACAGGGUAGGUACUUGGUGAUUUUAAGGCUACUAAUUUAAUUGCUCAACUUAAAGGUGAAUAUUGAAUUGAUUUUUCUUUGAUUAUAAAUACCCACAGGAUUUGUUACUUUUCUGCCACACAGUAUUAGAUGAAAGUUGUACUGUCUAUUAACUCAAGUUAUUUUUAAUGUCUAUUAGACAUUCAACUUAACUUUACCACUGCAGUAAUUUUUUUUAAUUUUUGUAAUGAACAUUUUUUCACUCCAUUAUUUUUUAUGUCUUGGGAGUUUGUAGAGACUGAUAACAAAAUGAAAUGUCAAAUUUUACAUUACAGCUUGUCUUUAAAGUUUUUGUUUGAUUGUGAUCAUAGUUUUGACAUCAUUAGUCAGUUAAUUUAAAUUAAAAAAUGUUUUCAAUGACAAAUGUUGUGAAAAAUUGAAAGCUAAAAACCCAUGAUUUUUUUUUUUUUAAGUUGCAAUAUCAUUUUUGUUACAGUAUAUGAUAAAUGUCAAUAUACUCUGACCAAUACAGCUGACAAUAAAUGACCUUUCAUUAAAUGUUUUUGUCCAUAUCUUUGCUUUGAGAAUACUUGAUGAAAACAAGUGAUGUGGAUCAAUUCCAUUGACAUUUGCUAGAUGGCAUACUUUUUUUCCCCGCAGAUAUGACUAAAGAUGUUCAGAUAAACUGUGAAUGUCAAUGAAACAGCAAACCAACAACACAAGUACACAAAAAAACCCACAUAUUCAGAGGUUAUGAUAUGGUUUUCAAAGAUGGAUAAGUGUCCAUACUGUCUUACAAGGCCUAAAUCUUCUUGAUCUAAAGAAUUAUGAAUGAUUUCAAUUGUCUACCUCUUUAGCGCCAUUUAGAUAAAGUUAACAAAAAUACAACCUAUUUGAAAUAGGUAAGUGUAAAUAGAUAGUAGUAUAACAAAACAUUUGUUAGGAUAGGAAUUUGGUUUUCAGGUAUUCAUGUCAAUAUGUGUAGAAUGUACAAGUUGCUUGAAAUAAAGUUACUUUAGGAUUACUCAUAAUUAUGUUUUAACAAUUUACUAAUAAGACAUUGACAUGGUGUCACAGUGAAUUUGUUAACAACUUUAAUCCAAAUAAGCUAAUGAAGUUUUAUCUAACUAACCUAUUUUGUUCAGUUAAAUGUGCAAUUAGCAUGUACAAAUGUCAUACUUACAUCAUAAAAUUUCCACCCACCUAAUUGUAAUUCUGGGAAAUUCAGGUUAGCUAGCUUUAAAAAUGUAAAAAAAAGUUUGAAAUUUAAAGAAAUAGGAGUCAAGAGAUGAAUCACAUUAAAGGAGUAAUUGAUAUAGAAUUUUAAUGACUAAUGUUCUACAGUUAUAAUAUUGGAUUUUUUUUUAAAAAAUAAAUAUACAUAUACAAUGUUAUAAAAAACGAAUGUUUGACAGAAAAGUUUAUUUUCUUGUAUCAAAAUGUAAUUUUGUGCCAUUUAAUCCAGCGGUUUUGAAGGAAAAUUUUGGUGCGGACCAUUUGUUUUAAGAUGUAAAGUUCAGAACAUUGUUUGAACACACCCUCUAUUUUAAUUACCCUUUCAGUUUUAUAAUGGUCACAGUUGUAAUCUUCUUCAGAUAAUUUUGAAAAUUUUUACUUUUAUAAGUUGAUUCACUAUGAUUGUUUAUAUGAAAUAAAAACACUAAGUCAAUGACUUUAUAAUCUGACUAGUUUUUUCGACAGUUUUGGAUGCUAUUUAGAAUUGUUAAAUAUAGUUUUCUGUAUAAUCUUAUAUUCUUUUCAGUUUAAUUUCCAUAUAUAUUCGUGAUGAUCAGGAGAUUAUCUUUAUUUUCUCUAUUUGCUUACAAAAACUGUUUUUAUAUUUCCCCAGUUACAUAUUUAUUACUUGUUAUACAAUCUGGUCAUAAGCACAGGUUGAGUUUUAUAGCAAUAUUAACCAGCUUGGUUUUCUCUGAUUUAACAAGUGUGUAAAUAGUCAUACUAGGCAAUGUCUUUUUUUAAAGCCUUGGAUGUGAUUUUAGAAUGUGUUGCAUUCAUGAUGUGUUUUUUUUCGCUAAAGAUUUGCUCAUCUGGUGAAUAUUUAAAGUUGAUUUAUACUUAAAAAUAACCUUUUAAUUUUAUAAUACUGUUGAUUCAUUAUAUAUGAUGGGGUACCGAUUUUCAUGAAUUUUGUGGGUUAUGGUAAAUCAGGAAUUUAAAAGUUCAACGAAAUAUCAAUUUUUAUAGGCUUGUAUGCAGACUUUAAAAAAUCCAUAUAUUCAAAUACAUUUAUCCAUGAAUACUCAAUUUACCUCAAUCCACGAAAAUGGGUAGCCACAAACAAAAUAAUCCACAAUACAUUAAAACAUGCCUUUGAAAUGUAUUUACUGAAUCAGAGACCAGCAUGCAACAUUUUUUUGCUAUACAUUCUGAUGUUAGAUUGAAUAAGUUAUGAGUGUCCCUAACUGUUUGACUUGGUUUUUUUUUUUAUCAAGUUUGAUUUCAUAAGAAACAACAUUUAGACAAUAGUAACAUUAAAUCUAACCACAACAACAAGUGACUAAGAGUACAUAUUAAAUAAGAUAAUGAACUUUUGAAGGUAUAUUUAAGUUUCUUGUAUAAUUAUCCAAACCAUACUGCUGCUGAUGGAAAUCUUGUGGUUAAUUAUAAUCCACUCAAAAGGUGGGGGCUUUAUUGCAUUCACCUUGUCCUGCUGUCUGUUUUUCCAGCAUAAAUUUUCAUCACUCUUUUCAUAAUAAACUCAUCAUAGAUACCAGGAUUGAAAUUUUGUAUUUGCGCCAGACGUGCGUUUCGUCUACAAAAGACUCAUCAGUGAUGCAUACUACUGAACAGAAUGACUAUAUUAAGUCAGCAGCUUGACAGUAAUGAGUUGUGAACACUUACUUCCUGUUUUAUACUUUGAAUGACUAGUGGGGAUAUGGUUAGCACUACACCCUGAACUUUGUGGUUAUGGUAUACCUUGUUUUACAUUGUUAUAGGAUAGACACAAUUUUAAUUGUCUCAAGGUCAAAGUAUAUUCUCCUGGACUGAAAACAAAUAUGGUAAUUUAAAUGAGUUUUAUUAUUUAGCCCUAUAAAAUCUAAGAUUGACAAUCUGAGACUGUUUCAACAGUAUGUAUUGUAUAAGAGUACAUUUCAUAUUGGUUAUUUUUUAUCUGGGCACAUAAUGUGUUAUAUUUUGGACCAAAUAAUUUAUUAAAUGGUCUGUACUAUAUUUGUUUGUUAAUGAUAUUUUUUUACAUAUGUUAGUUAGUACGCGAGUCAACAAUGAUAUUGUUUACAUAUGUUAGUGAGUACGCGAGUCAACUUUUGUUUUUAACAAUUGAUCUGUAUUAUUAUUUAUUUGUAUGAGAACACUAUAAUAAAAUAUCUUCACUUAA